AUGAUUAUCCGCUGUUCAUGGGAUAUACCACGGUCGGUUUGCUCGUGCCGCGCCAUGCGCGAUGCACGUUUUUCGGCGGUGCGACUGGUGGCGGACUCGCCCGACGCGGAGCGAGACGCUUCGGCAGAAGAGGUGGCGGCGAGCUUGACGGUGCAAGGUUUCUGCCUGAUUGAUGCCGGCUUCAAGCAGAAGGAGAAGCAGGCGGUGCUGUUGGCCGUGCGCGACGAGGCCAAGGCCUUGGAGCAGGACUUCUAUCGCCCAGAGGAGCUGGUCUUCUCCGGCCUUUUCGGUGACGAGGGCUCUGCGCGGAUUUGCCCGCUGAACGACCGAGAGGAGCUCAAGGAAGGUUUAAAAGCGUUGGACCAGGAGAUGACGGAUCUUGCUCAGGUCACUGCGCCGUUCCUGUCCUUCAAGAUGGGAUUGCAAAUCGCCUCCCGGGCUCGUGCCGUGUUGCAUGAGACAGGCCCUUUAGAAGGUCGCAUCCAAAAGCUGACGGAAGACGAGGCCUAUGCCUGGCUCUCGGAGUUUCGCUUUGGUCGGGUGAUGUGCAUCUUUUGCAUCGGCCCCGGCAGUGGCGACUUUGAACUGCAGCCUUACGAGGCCCACACGAAGGCGAUCAAAGUGCCGUCGAACCCUGGCACCGUCCUGCUGGUGCGCUCCGACCAGAUUCGGGUUCGACACCUCUGCCGGACCCGGAGCUUCCUCUUGAGUUCUCAGUUCCAAGCCUCCGCCGCGACCAACGCGCGCCUGGCGCCAAACCCCUGCACUGGCAAGCUUCAGGCCUGGCUGGAUAGUCGGCUGAAGGUCUUGAAACAGCAGGAGACAGAGGAUCGCCGGGCAGACUUGCCACGGCAUCUGCGGCUGAUCAUGAACCGGCAGACCUUCAAAGGGCAAUACAUGGCCGUUCGAGGCCUGGCAAGCCGUGUUGCACCAUGCUGGGGUGCAGAGACCUUCUGGUGUGGUGCCGCGAGCGGACUGGAUGCCAUGCUGCAGGUGCCAUUGAUGAGGUGGGACCACGAGAAGUGCUACGACCCGGACGAAAAUGGUUGGCGUCUCUACAAGACUUUCUCACAGCACCUCUCCUUCGUGGAGGGCGUGGAUCUCUUCGACAACAAGAUGUUUGGCAUCACGCCAGCAGAGUCGAAGAUCAUGGACCCUCAACAGCGAGUAGUGCUGGAAGUCGGCUUUGAGGCUCUCUUCUCCGCCGGGUACAAGAAGGGUCGCAUCAUGAACUCUUUGGGUGGCAUGUAUUUGGGCUACGGUACGGGAAACUCCGACUUUGGUCACGUCGAGCGCGCGGGCGACAGUGCGGCCGAGGGCUCCUUCGGGGCCACCGGCGGGUCCGCGGCCAUCACGGCGAACAGGUUUAGCUUUUGCUUGGGCAUGAAGGGUCCCAGCCUGGCCGUGGAUGCUGAGGAUGCGUCCGGGCUUUUGUCGGUGCACAUGGGAUGCGAAGCACUGCACAGCAAAGGCCGUUCCACGGCGAAUGAAUUUUCCCUGUGUGGUGGCAUCAAGUUGAACUUGGCCUUCUUCUAUUGGCCUCAACGCCAGGCGGCAGGUUGGCUUUCGAAGACUGGAAGGUGCUUGACCUUCGACCAGAACGCUGAUGGAUGGGUACAUGGCGAUGCCGCGGUGAACGUGGUGGUGAAGACGCUCUCAGACCAGGUGGAUGGGCAACUGCAGGUGAAAGAGAGCGAGCCUUAUUUGGCGUCGCUGUGCGGUUCAGCGGUGCGCCACACAGGCUUCAAUGCCUCGCUGGCAGCGCCGCAUGGCCCCACGGAGCAGGAGGUGAUCAGCACGGCCGUUUAUGCUGCCGGGCUCACAGGCGUGGACAUCGACGCCUGCGAGAUGUAUGGCAUCGCCAAUACCUUGGCGGACCCUGUGGAGGUGAACUCCCUGUGCCGUGUCUUGCGAUUAGCCGAUGACGACGAUGCUCCCCUUUUGCUGCGGGCCUCGAAGACGGGCAUCGGCAACGCCAUGCACUCGGGCUCGGCGGUGAGUCGUUUGGCAGCAUUUCCGAGCAAGGAAAGGGCCGGUGAGUUUGAUGCAAGCGAUCCUGACUUCGGCCACUUGGCGGUCGAGUUCGUCGAGUUCGUCGAGAGUCGCACCGGCGUCGCACGCAGUAAUCCAUGA